GGCGACUGAAAUUGUGGUAGAUAUGGUCGCCGACCAAGAGUCGGAUAAUAAAGUUGAUCAUCCUGUGGAUGAUAAAGUUUCUCAAGUGAAUAUUAAUAUUGAAGAAGAUACCAGUACUGCCACUACCAUGAACGGAAAACCUGUUUCGAUAAAUCAUGCUGAUCUUGUUCAAAAAACGAGAGACGCAUACUUCAGCGGUAAAACUCGGCCUUUGAAAUGGAGAAUUCAUCAAAUAAAACAGCUGAAAAGAAUGUUGGAGGAAAACAAAGAACAAUUUCACUCUGCGCUCAAGUCGGAUUUAAGAAGGAGUAAAUUUGAAAACUGCUGCCUUGAAAUAGAUUACACACUGAAUGAGAUCAUAUCGAUGUUGAGGAAUAUAAAAGAGUGGUCAUCUGUCGAGAAGCCUCCAAAAGAUUUAGUGAACAUACUAGACUCUCCAGAAAUUCACAAAGACCCUUACGGAGUAGUGUUGAUAAUCGGAUCUUGGAACUAUCCUCUACAAUUACUGCUUGCACCAGCUCUAGGGGCCAUUGCCGCGGGCAAUUGCGUUAUUAUGAAACCAUCCGAAGUAUCUCCAGCGACUGCUGAUACAAUCGCUCGUUUAGUACCCAAAUAUUUAGAUACAGAAUGCUAUCAUGUUGUAACCGGCGGGAUUGCCGAGACUACCGAGUUAUUGAAACAGAGGUUCGAUUAUAUUUUUUACACCGGGUCUGGUAAUGUUGGAAAAAUAAUUCGCGAGGCUGCUAAUAAAUAUCUUACACCAGUGACUCUUGAGCUUGGUGGUAAAAGUCCAGUGUGGAUUGAUAACACAGCAGAUCUGGACUUGGCAGCAAAACGCAUUCUCUGGGGUAAAUUUCUCAAUGCUGGCCAGACUUGUAUUGCACCGGAUUAUAUAUUGUGUACAAAAGAAGUAGAAAAUAGAUUUGUUGAACGAGCUAAGCUAUUAAUUAAACAGUGGUAUGGAGAUAAUCCCAAAUUAAGUACCGAUUUUUGCCGUAUUGUUAAUCAAAAUCAUUACCAACGGUUGGCAAACCUGUUAAUUAACAGCGGUAAAGUAGCCGUAGGCGGUGAUUUAGAUCCCCAAGAUAAUUAUAUAUCACCAACAAUCCUUGUGGAUGUUAAACCAAGUGACCCAAUAAUGCAACAAGAAAUAUUUGGUCCAAUAUUACCUAUUGUUAAUGUAUCGAAUGCAUACGAAGCAAUCAAGUUUAUUAAUGAACGCGACUGCCCCCUAGUACUGUAUAUAUUUUCCAAGGAUCGAGAAACACGCGAUCUGUUUAUAAAUCAAACGCACAGUGGUGCCAUAUGCUGCAAUGACACAAUAAUGCAAUAUGCCGUUGACACUUUACCAUUCGGCGGAGUUGGAGCCUCUGGAAUGGGAGCUUAUCACGGCAGAUUGACCUACGACACAUUUACACACAAGAAAAGUGUCCUUGUGAGAGACACUAGUUCUAUGGGAGAAUUACUUGCGUCAGGAAGAUACCCGCCGUACAGCGACAAAAAAUUGAAAUUCUUGUCCCUUUUGCUGGCGAAAAGACCCGACAUUCCCGGAAUUAAGUAUCUGCCGCACUUGAUAAUGUUUGGGUUGGGAGUACUGGCCACUGUGGGUGUCAGGGCUGCUUUGAAGGUACAAAAAUCAGCACACUAG